AUUUUAUUUUGCUGCUAAAUAAUAAUUUUUUCUUGUCAUAAAUAAAUUUGUCAGUUAGUUAUGAUAAAAUUGAAUAUUCGGGAAAAAUAAAUCUUAAAUAUAAAAAAAACAAAAAUACAAACAUAUUUCAUUCUACUACUUUAUUUUUGGAGCAAUAUAGUUAAAUUAAAUUAACCAAUAAAUAUGAAAGUAAAAGAGUUGCAAAAAACAGUGAAUGUGGCUUGGUCCCCUGAUGACCUGUAUCCAAUUUAUUUGGCCACUGGCUCAGCGGCACAACAACUUGAUUCCAAUGGAAACUCAGUGCUGGAAAUUUAUGGUACUAAUCUCAAUGAGCCUGGCUAUGAUCUAGAACUUAAGGCUAGUUUACCAAGUCAAUAUCGGUUUCAAAAAAUAAUUUGGUCUCCAACUGGCCAUGACGGUGAUCACCCUAAUGGUCUUAUCGUGGGUGGAUGUGAAAAAGGAAAUAUAAUGGUGUACAGUGCUUCGAAAAUGCUUGAAAAGAAAGAAGGUUUAAUUGCUCGACAAGACAGCCAUUCUGGGCCAGUUCGUGGUCUUGAUUUUAAUCCAUUUCAAACCAAUUUGUUGGCAUCAGUUGCCUCGGAAUCUGAAAUCUUUGUUUGGGACUUAAACAACACUGCCACCCAUAUGACGCCUGGAACAAAAACGCAACCACUUGAAGACGUACAAAAUGUUGCAUGGAAUCGACAAGUCCAACAUAUCCUGGCUUCCGUUUUUAGUUCCCGUUGUGUCAUAUGGGACUUAAGGAAGAAUGAACAAAUUAUAAAACUAUCCGAUACCCAGUCUCGGGUAAGAUGGCAUGCUGUGCAAUGGCAUCCCGAUGUUGCCACACAGAUUUGGCUAGCAUCAGAAGAAGAUCAAGCCCCUGUAGUUCAAAUGUGGGACCUCCGCUAUGCUACAGCGCCAGCCAAAACAAUACAAAUCCAUCAGAGAGGUGUUUUGGGUAUGUCUUGGUGCUCGAAAGACUCUGAUAUGGUGGUCUCAUGUGGCAAGGAUAAUAGAAUUUUUUGUUGGAAUCCUAACACCAAUCUCCCGGAAGGAGAGAUUUUAUCCGAAGUAGCUGUGACGCCUCAAUGGUAUUCAGAUGUACAAUGGUGCCCCAGAAAUCCAGCAUUGAUAGCAAGUUCAAGCUUAGAUGGAAACGUAUCCAUUUACUCUCUUUUUGGGGGAACACAGCAGCAAGUUCAGACAUCAAACAAAAUUGCUGAUUCAUUUCCUGGCAUGGAUCAGUUAGAUCAAGUACCAAUGCCCCAGCCUAGUCAUCAGAUUACAUUUUCGGAUCCUUCAAAGCCACCUAAAUGGAUGAAAAAACAAAGUGGCGUUAAAUUUGCGUUUGGAGGAAAACUACUUUCUUUUAACUCUCAAUCAAAAUCAGUGCAAAUACAGCAAAUAGUUUCUGAUCAAAAUAUUGUAGAACGAGCAAGAAAUCUUGAAAAUGCUUUAGCUGAUAGAAAUUUUAUUGAGUUUUGUCGCACUAAAGCAGAUGAAGUUAACGACCAGGACAGCCGUUAUUUGUGGUACUUCCUGAAGGCAAAUUUUGAAAUAGAACCUAAAGAAGAGAUUCUUAAUUUAUUAGGUUACAAUACAGAAGACAUUAGCAAUAAAUUUUCCAAAUACUUAAAAAAUGAAAAUAUAAAAGAUAACAUCGACCUCAUAACAAAUCAAAUUGGUGUUCUCAAUCAAGAAACUGGAAUUCAUGAUCAUUAUUCAGAUUCUGAAAAUAAUAAAAAUAAGGACAAAAUUGAGAAAACCACUGAACCAAAAGAUGAUUUAGACGGAUUGAUUUCUGAAGCAAUUAUUACUGGCAAUAUUGAAGCUGCAGUUGAACUUUGCUUUGAUACAUGUCGGCCAGCCGAUGCUCUUGUUAUUGCUUCUACAUUAAGCAUUGAUUUUUUGACUAAAACACAAGAAAGAUUUUUGAAGAAACGUGAAGGGGAUUUAUCAAAAGUUAUAUCAGCUUUAAUAUCAAGAGAUUGGAUGGACUUUGUGUCUCAUUGCUCUAUAGAUUCCUGGAAAAAAGCCCUCGUUGCUGUACUUAAGCAUGGCGACCGUAAAGUGGUUAAUAUAUGCGAAAAAUUGGGAGACCGUUUGCUUGCUGAUAACUCUCAAGUCGAGUAUACAAAAAGUGCUUUACUAUGCUAUAUCUGUGCGUGCAAUGUAGAUAAAGUUAUAGAUGCAUGGCAUCAGUUGAAACGCUUAGAAGAGAAAAAUGCUGAAUAUGAGCUGAAUGUUACUGAAUUGCAAGAACUUGCGGAAAUAGUAAUGAUAUUAAGUAAAUCCCUUGAACAACAAGGAAUUGUUGUUGAACCAGAGGGAAAAUUUGCUGAGUUAACAUUCGAAUACGGGUCGCUCCUAGCAGCACAGGGUGCUAUAAGCAUAGCAGUGGCAUACGUUUUUGCAGUAGGACCAUCAACUCAUCCGCAAUUAAAUGAUUUGCGAGAUCGUUUGAAUAAAAUUAUUAACCAGAAAUCAAAUACAGAAAUUUUGAGUGGACCCCAUUCUUUUAGUGACAAGCAAGCAAAUAUCGCGUCUCACCCACAAGGAUAUCUUCCAAAUAAUAUAUCUCCGCCUGAUCAAAUGCAAACUGGAUAUAAUUCCGGAUUAUCUGCUGUAAAUCAAUGGAAUCUUCCUCCACCCGUUGGACAGUUGGCUGGCCAAUCUUCUCACCCUGUAAAGAUGUUCAAUCCGCAGGUACAAAACUCACAUAAUCUCAACCAAUUGUUACCACAAACAGUAGCAAAACCACCAUCUGCAGCACAAAUUAACGAAAGCCUUAUGCAUCCACCAAGACCGUCUAGCGUGAGCUCUCAGGGAUCCACUUCAUUGACAUCCCGUCCAAAAUAUAUCUUAGACCCAUCUGUAUCAAGUGGCCCCCAAUACGGUUCCUCAAAUUAUAGUGGGAGCUAUAAUCAAAUACCAGGAUUAUCUCAAACUAAUUUCAAUAAUAUGCCAAUUCCACAAAAUCCUACAGCUUAUAAUUCCACUCCUUCCCAAGUACAUGCAAUGCAUAACAAUUAUAUGCAAAUGAAUUCCAUGCAAACUCCACAAAGUAAUUAUUUGCCUGGAAUUGCUGCGAUGGAACCAGUGUCUUCGAUACAACAACAAAAUCCAAUUCAGAGAAAUCCAACUCCACCUCCUGGUUGGAAUGACCCACCAGCCCUGAAAUCUAAUAAGCAACAGAUUAAAAAAAUGGAACCCUCAGGAUCAGCAAUAACACACCCUUUGUUCGGUAUUGAUCCCAAUCAAAAUGGCUAUUUAGACCCUAAUGCAUUCUAUCAAAAUCAAGUAAUGCCACCUCAAGCAAGUAUUAAUCAACUCUCGCCACAAAUGCCCUACAAUGUGAUACAGCAAAAUAAUAACCUUCAGCCAACUCAUUCGAAUUUUCCAACAACACCAGCUGCUAAUCUUACCAUGUAUCAACAACAUACGGGUUAUCAAGAACUACCAGCUCCAGUUCAACAACGUGUGUUAGAAACACCUUUGGAGAAGCCUACUUUACCAGAAGAAUUCAUAUACAUGCAAACGCUUUUUGAGGAGUUAAAAACUCAGUGCCUUGCGGAGGCUUCGGACCCGCGAACGAAAAGGAAGUUUGUAGAUGUUACAAAACGUUUAGAAACCCUUUAUGACUGCUUAAGGGAUGGAAGACUUACUACUAAUACAAUAGAAGCCUUGAAUCAAAUUGUACAGUAUAUUCAAAUUGGUGAUUAUGGUAACGCCUUAGCAACUCAUACUUCAAUAGCUUUUGGAACUGAUUUUGCGCAGACAGCUGGAUUUAUGCCAGGCAUCAAAGUUUUAAUACAAUCAGCAGCUGACUUAAAAGUGUUUUUAAGAUAAGAAAACCGUAGCUUAAAGUAAGUUGGCAAAAGUUUUUAGGAAUACAAAAAAUGCUAAUAACGAAAGGGUGAUGUGCCAGAAUAAAGGAACAAAAAAAAAUUAAUAUGGUAUGAUAUUAUGCAUUAAAAAUAAAUUAAUUAUGUUUGUAAAGUCCUUAACUCCACAAACGAUUGAAA